AUGUUUAAGGUAACCAUCCUCCACAACGACAAUGCAAGCUCGCACACAGCCCAAAAAACAAGGCAGUAUUUAACGGAAGAAAACGUGGAAUUAUUGGACCAUCCUCCAUAUAGUCCCGAUCUAAGUCCUAACGAUUUCUUUACUUUCCCGAAAAUUAAAAACAGACUGCAUGGUCAAAGGUUCCAGUCACCAGAAGAAGCAGUUGACGCAUUCAAAAAUGCCGUUUUGGAUCUGCCAGUAAACGAGUGGAAUAAGUGCUUCGAAAAUUGGUUCGAUCGCAUGCAGAUGUGUAUUAAUCUUCCAUUCGACUCAAAGGCCAAGGCGGAAGUGCUAGCCAAGAUCUUUGCUGCCAACUCCACCAUGGACGUCCCCACCAACGCCCAAGUGCCGUCAAUUCAAAGGGUUCCCCACACUAUGCGGGAGGUAACAUUCAGGCAUAAGACCGUAAGACGAGUGCUCUUGUCGCUCGACAUCAACAAAGCUUCUGGUCCGGACUUGAUUCCUGCCAUUGUACUGAAGAGAUGUGCAGCUGAGCUUGCUCCAGUUCUUUCGCGUCUCUUCCAGAUAUCUUAUGAAUCCGGCACCUUCCCAGAAAACUGGAAAUUUGCUCAUAGGUGCAUAAAUCGCGAGCUUCUGGACUACCUCGAACGUCACAGCUUGAUUAGCGACAGGCAGUACGGUUUCCGGCACCAACGAUCCACAGGGGACCUCCUAGCUUACGUCACGCAACUGUGGAGUAAACUCAUCCAGUCUCAUGGUGAGGCUCAUGUCGUUGCUCUUGACAUCACGAAAGCGUUCGAUCAGCUGUGGCACGCUGCCCUCUUGAGCAAACUUCCAUCCUACGGCCUCCCAGAAAAGCUUUGCAGAUGGGUGGCUGACUUUAUCUCUGGCCGCAAGAUAUCCGUCGUAAUUGACGGAUUCUCCUCUUCAUCCCACAACGUCAACGCGGGUGUUCCCCAGGGAUCGGUCUUGGCUCCAACACUGUUUUUCUUACAUAUCAACGACCUCCUUUCCUGCACGAUCAACCCAAUCCACAGCUUCGCUGAUGACAGCACUCUACAUGCAGGAAUUCAGAGUGACAAGCCGAUCUCUGCCGCUGAGCUGGAAAAAAGAAGACUAGCGACGACUUCUUCUCUGACAAGAGACCUGGAGGCUAUCACUGCUUGGGGACGCAACAAUCUUGUACAGUUCAAUGCUUCCAAAACACAGUACUGUACUUUGAGGAACAAAAAGCGUCCUAGCGCUCAUACAGUUUCGAUGGACGGUCGAGUUCUACCAAAGAGCCAUUCAUUUCGGCUGGUCGGAGUCCAGAUCACCGAGGACCUGAUCUGGCACGAACACAUCUCUUCAAUAGCUGCAGCUGCUGGGAAAAAGCUAGGCUAUUUGUUUAGGGCUAAGAAGUACUUUUCUCCGCAUGACCUUCUCACUCUAUACAAGGCCCAGAUAAGGCCUAGCCUCGAGUAUUGCUCACACAUUUGGGGUGCUGCCGCCCCGACUACAUUGUCCAUGCUCGAUGCUGUCCAGAGGAGGGCGGUCCGACAGUUCGAUGACUCUUCUCUAACAGACAGUCUCGGGACUCUUUCGCACCGGCGGGCCGUCGGCGAUCUAGCUCUUUUCUAUCGCUACACCAACGGGCUUUGCUCCUCAGAGCUCUCUUCCAUGAUGCCGCCGCGCGAUGUGCCUGCCAGACAGACCCGCCUGACUUCGGCGUCCCAUCCUAACCGUGUCAAACUUCGUACAUCCAGAACUGGCCGAUACGACCGCUCCUUUGUCCCGAGGGUGUCUAGAUUGUGGAACAAACUACGGGAGGAAGUUUUUCCCAGUUCUACUAACCUUAGGCAGUUCAAAAAUCGUAUUAACAAAAUUUCUUUGGGAUCAUCAUAG